AUGUCAAAGUCUACAAAGUCUACGGAUGUCAAUCCGUCUGGAUUCCCAAGGCCUAUCGCAGAGACAUCAUGCCCAGGAUCUUGGCCCGCCAUGACAAAAUCUCCAGGAUCUGUCGAAAAGACAUGUCACCCACUACUUGGGACCAACAUGCAGAGGGCCCUCGAUGCCUUAAAAGAUGAAGCGAAGCUUACAAACCCUUCGCCAAGCAACUCAAAAACUGGCUGCCAAGUGUAUUUCAAGAAAGGUGAGGCAUACAUCACACCGGCCCCUGACCUGUGGCUCCCAAGUAGAGGAGGCAUGCAUAUCAAUCAAGAUACCGUUUUAAUCCGCCCGAAUGUUCCUCCAAGCUCCCAGAUGGAUCCCUGGGUUCACAAGUCUGAAAAGUUGACCGAUUUGCGAGAACGACUCAAUGCUCAAGCCAAACGUUUGGUCAAAGCCGAUACCGAGAUCGGACGUCAAUUAUCAGAGCUAAUCAAGGCUCGUGACGAAGUCUCCGCCAGAGAUAAGACGAUCAACGUCCUCGAAAAAGCGGCCAAGGUUCUCAGCGCUGAGCUCAAGGAAGCCAAGGAUGACGCAAAAGCCAAAAAGGCGUCAGUCAUGACAGCCAAGGCCGAGGCUCGAAAGUACCAAAGCAAGACGGUGGAUUUGCAGAGCAAGCUUGCCAUUGCGGAAAAGAAUGAGGAAUUCCUCAAAGGAAGACUAAUGCAAUCCGAGAAGGACGGAAAGACCAGAGAAGCCAGAAUGGAGGAGCUAAUUCUUGAAAAUCAAGACAUGGCCCUUGAAUUGGACAUACAAAAGGAGGAUCACCAGGAGGCCUGUGAGAAUGCUAAGCUGGCCUUUGAAGACGAGCUCCUCACGUACGGAGAAGUGAUCCAGGAUGUCAUAAUUGAGAGGGAAGAAUUCCAACGCAAGCUCAAAGUAGCAGAGGAUGCAAUCGAGCCACUCAAGUGUGAUUUGGCGACAUGCCGGGUUGAUCUCAAUCAAGCCCAAUGGGCGUUGGAGUCCCUCAAGUAUGGCCCAACAGGAGAGCAAGCAGAGGUUCAGUGCAUCACAGGCCAAACUGACCUAACGGAAGAGGGAGAACCUCAAACCGACGAUGAGGAGGAUCACGACGAGGGACUUGCCGAAACGGAAGAGGGAGAGGACAGUGAAUGGGUUAUGCCUUAA